CGUGGCCUCCGGCGGCUGCCUGACGUAUCCUUCGCUGCGCCCCGUCCACCCGUCGGCCCCGCGGACCGGUCCCAAGAUGGCGGCGCCCAGCGGAAGGAGGAACGGCGGCGGCGGCGGCGGCGCGAGCCUGUGGGCUGCGCUGCUCCUGGCGGCCUGGGCGCUGAGGCCCGCGGAGGCGGUGUCCGAGCCCACGACGGUGGCGUUUGACGUGCAGCCCGGCGGCGCCGUGCACUCCUUUUCCCAGAACGUGGGCCCGGGGGACAAAUAUACUUGUGUGUUCACCUAUGCUUCUCAAGGAGGGACCAAUGAGAGGUGGCAGAUGAGUCUGGGGACCAGCGAAGACCAGCAGCACUUCACCUGUACCAUCUGGAGGCCCCACGGCAAGUCCUACCUGUACUUCACACAGUUCAGGGCGGAGGUGCGGGGCGCCGAGAUCGAGUACGGCAUGGCCUACUCCAAAGCUGCAUUUGAAAGAGAGAGCGACGUUCCCCUGAAAAACGAGGAGUUCGAAGUGACCAGAACAGCAGUGUCCCACAGGCCUGGGGCGUUCAAGGCCGAGCUGUCCAAGCUGGUGAUCGUGGCCAAGGCAUCCCACAGUGAGCUGUGACCGGCGGCUGUCCCUGGGACGGCCAGCACGUUGCUGGCUGUCUGGGGGGACUGUGGUCUUCCUGGGCUGACGCUGCCUGGCUCGGAGGGGCCUGCAAGGCGGCCGGGGGCAUGCUGGGCCCCACCCCCCUCGCUCUUCUGGACACAGACUGGGUCUGAGCCCCGCAGCUCAUCUCACAAGGAGAGACAUCGGCACAGGAGGGGGCGCAGCUUUUCUGGAGCCGUCGUGUCUCCCCCUGGAUCAGGCCAGGCCCCAGCCGCCCGGGGGAGAGUGGUGCUGCCGUCCCCUGCCCAGGCGACUGCUUUCUUACAGCUUCCCCAGGGACCACUACUUUUCAGACUAACUGGGAAGAAAUGUUAUAUUUAAAUAAAUAAAAGUUAAAAAAGCA